CAUAAAGAGGCUUUCGACAUCAUGAUGUUUGUCUUCUUCUGCGUUCUUUCAACCCUGCUUGGUGCCUUUGCCUAUAACCCAGACCACAUAGCUGGGGCCACUCCCCCCUACCUGGUCUACCUGAAGUCUGAAUACUUGCCCUGCACUGGAGUCCUGGUCCAUCCUCUUUGGGUGCUCACAGCUGCGCACUGCAAUCUACCGAAGCUCCGGGUGUUUCUUGGGAUCACAAACCCAGCAGACAUCUCCGAAAAGAACGUGGAGGUGACCGGCUACGAGAAAAUGAUCCAUCAUCCGUACUUCACAGUCUCGUCUGUUUCAUAUGACCUCAUGUUAAUCAAACUGGAGAGAAUAGUUAAACUCAGUAACCACAUAAAAACGGUCGAAUUGCCGCAGCACAUCGUCCCUGUGAAUACCAUGUGUUCCGUCUCCACCUGGGCCUACAAUCUGUGUGAUAGCACCAAGGAUCCUGACUCACUGCAGACAGUGAACAUCUCUGUCAUCUCCAAGGCUGAGUGCAGCAAUGGCUACAAAGCCUACGACAUCAAAGAAAACAUGAUCUGUGUGGGCAUCGUGCCAGGGCGGAGGCUACCCUGCAAGGAAGUGUCCGCUGCCCCAGCGGUAUGCAAUGGCGUACUUUAUGGGAUCCUGUCUUAUGCAGAUGGCUGUGUUCUGAGAGCUGAUGUUGGUAUCUAUACUAGCAUCUUUCACCUGAUGCCCUGGAUUGAAGACACCAUAAAAAAUAACUGAGCUCCCACAACAGGAAGAACUCGCAGAAC